AUGGCAUUUGUGUCUGGAGGCGGAGGUGGGCUGCCUCCUCAGGGCUCACAACCACCGCAGCAGCUUUCCAAUCUGGGUACAAUGCCUACUAAUCAGCAACAGAUAUUGGAAGCCAUCCUAUUACAACAACAAGCGCAACCAAAUUUGGUUUCUCAGCUUUUAUCACAAGCCUUCAUAGGAAAUUCCGGAGUAAUUGGUGGAGCUGGUGCGACGUUGAACCCAACUCCCAUACCUCAAAAUAAUCCUGCCCAAUUAUCUGCUCCUUCAACUCUAAACAGUUUUAAUCAAUCUACUCAACUUCUUUCAUUUCUUCAGAGUCAAUUAGCUCUUCAGCAGCUCAUCAGCCCAGCCGCUCAGCUGAACACUCAAAAUAGUCUGGUGAACAAUCCUGUUCUAUUCUAUCAACAGUUGCUUCAACAACAACAACAACAACAGCAGCAGCAACAACAGCAACAACAGCAACAACAGCAACAACAUCAACAAGCUCUUCUGCAACAUCUACAGCAGCAAGUUGCUCAGUCUGCCACUACAACUCAUGUACAGCAACCCUUACAGAUCUCUCAGACUAACAGUGCAUUUCAGCCUCCUCAACAAGCUUCAUCUGGAGGAAAUGUUCAGUCGCUUCUGAAUGCUCAGGAAAAGUUGAUGAGCUCCGUUCUGGAGCAGCAACAAAUAUAUCAACAGAAGCAUCAACUCCCGUUACCAACUCCAGUUCCCGUUCAGCAAGCUGCAGGGGUUCUGACGUUGGUUCGCAGAGAUCAAGAGCAACAGAAUCAGCAGGCUCUGCAUCUCUUGCAACAGGCUUCAACAUCCCAAGAUCCUCGAAGCGCGAAUAACUUGAACCAUAAAGAAGUGCAUGAUAGGAUAAAUAGGAUUAUAAGUGAAAAUGAAGCUAUUGUACAAACUCAGGAACCCAUUUUAAAGCGUAGACCAUAUCAUCGGCAAGUCGGACAGCAAUCCUCUGUUGAUCAUGAUAGUAAUAGUAGUUCCACUCGUACUUCUCCUGGAAUUCGCGAUGUUCGCAUGCUUCAAACUGCUGGAAGAACGCAGUCUCUUUAUGAGCCAUUAAAUGGUGUUCGUGGAUUAUGUGGUGGAAGUUUAACUUCAGGUCAACCUAUUUUGCGGCAAAUGCAACAGCAUUAUACUCCCAUUUGUACGUAUUGUCACGUUGAAUUCCCUAAUGAAGCGGGUCUUCAAGUCCAUGAGUUGAGAUGUAGUAAACGUUUGGAGUUAGAGAAGAGUCGCGCUGAAGCUGCAGCAGCAGUUGUAGCGUCAGCUAUUCCUAACACUUCAAUUGCAUCUGCGAUCGUGUCACCCGUUGUUAACAACAUAGAAACCGAUUCGACGCGUCAUCUUCCAACUCUCAAAAGAAGAAUAUUGGCUUCUGUAGAAUUAGAGCAACAGGAGAAGAAGAAGCUAUCAAGAAGGGACUCCGGUGAGAUAAUUGUCGUUGAUUCACGACCUGAAAAGAAAGAUAGCAUAACUGACAAUUUGUUACUUGGAAACUUUGCCAGGAGGUGCGCUAAUGCCGGAUUGAAUAUCUUGCCGUCCACAUCCAGUGUUCCUUCAAUAACUGGCUUGUCAAACCCUUUGUUUUUACCUGGUAUACCAUCUCUCAACGCAACUGCUUUCACUCAGAUUCCUGUCCGAGUGCAGUCGAAUCAAACUCAGCUUGCCACUUUGCAAACGCCAUCAACAUCAAUGUGCACGACGUCUGAAGCCAACAUGGACGCUUCUGAAGCAACGGAUAGUAGACCUUUCGCACUGAAUGGAGUUACUCUUACGGGAAGACUUGACAGACCUUAUACUCUCGUUCUAAACGAGUCUAGUAAGUCUAGCAGUCAAGAACCUUCAAAGCACCCGCGAAAUCGUGGCCGAAGUAUAACUAGUGAAACGUAUGUGUGCAUGCAUAGGGCACAGCCAAUGUUUGUAGAACAAAAAGGAAACCUCAGUAUGUAUAGCAAUUGGCACCAAGUGACAGUAAAUGAAUCAGAAUCGAAGCUGAAUCUUCUUUUUAUGGGAAUGUGUACACCCAAACCGCGGACUGGGGAGCAUUCAUUCUGGCGUUAUACAGCUGCUAAUAGAGAUACAAGCAACUUGAAGGUUACUCAUUCUUCCUUCUGGGAAACAGGCCAAAAAAUGAGAUGUUUGAAACUAGAUAUAAAUGAUGAUGCAUCAGGAGUUAAAGAUGAAGAUACACCUUUACCACCUUUUGAGCUCAUUGAAACCAAGCCAGUCGAACCGAAGGUUGAACCAGAGGAAAUAGUUGUUGAAGAAAUCGUGGUGGACAAGGUGGAGCCCAAAGCUGAUGAAGAUGUUCUUCUGAAGCCUAGUUCCCACUCAAUCCUUAUGAAUUCGGAAUCUAUUGUUGGAGGACACAGAACAGAUGAAGCUUACAUUUAUGUUCGCGGUAGGGGACGCGGUCGUUAUGUGUGUGAUAGAUGUGGUAUUCGGUGUAAGAAGCCUAGUAUGCUGAAAAAACAUCUGAAAUCACACACCGACAUUAGACCUUUCAAAUGCAAGCAAUGUAAUUUUAGUUUCAAAACUAAAGGCAAUUUAACAAAACAUCUGAGUUCCAAGACCCAUAGGAGACGUGUACAAAAUGAAGAAGAAGGAGGUAGUGACAAUGAAGAUCGCCUUGAAAUAGCUGAGGAUGACAAUCCUGAAGAGCAUGCGGCAGAAGAAGGGUUCCAUGAUGAUUCAUGCAGCACGGACGAUGAAGAUGAUGAGGAUGGUGCGCAUAUAGAUAUGGAUAUUAAUGUUAUGGAGAAUUUGCCUUUCAAGAGAUUCGGACAAGAGAACAUUAUCAUGGAGAGAACUGCUCACACGCCUCCUUCGCGAUGGGUGCUCUUUGAUGAAGAUAUAAACAAUUAUUGGCCUGAAAAUAACAAUCGGCAAGAAAGAAGGAGAUGCAGUUCGGCUCCACCAGCUGCUAUGGCAAGUCCACUCGGUCAACCUCGUAAUGAAGAUUCUGCCUUCGUCUCACAAAAGCUGUUCACUACAACAUCCAGUGGUACGACGCCAUCAUCUGUAACCUCAUCGACGACGAACACAAUUGCACGUCCUGGAAAUCAGCAAACCUCUUUGUUGCUUUCCUUCAUGUCGAAAGAGGAGCCGUUGAAAUGUAACAUGUGUGACCGCAGUUUUCGCAAACAGUCCGAAUUGUCUUACCAUCAACUGACACAUAACAUUGAGAAGCAAAAUCCAAAGAAUCGCAUGUUUCAGUGUCCUGAGUGUCGUGUGCCCCUACGAACUAAAGCUCUACUCGCCAAGCACGUCGAAAAUUCGCACGGUGGCCAUAUUGAUGAUAGCAUAACACCUAGCGUUGAUCCCAGCGCCUCAACACAGUCUGUUCUCGGUGGAGGUUCUGCUUCACUUGCUCAUAAUCCUCGAUCUUUCCUAUGCACGGAUUGUGAUAUAGGCUUUCGCAAACAUGGGAUUUUAGCGAAGCAUUUAAGGUCGAAAACUCAUGUCAUGAGGCUGGAAACGUUGAAAAAGUUGCCUGUUGAUUCUCUAUCUUUGAUAACAAGGAAGUACAAUGGUAAUAUAUUGAACGAAGUAGAUACUACCGAUUGUGAAAAAGCAAGGAAUAGUUUGUUUGAAAUAGUUGAGAAUAUACGACAAGAACUACAACGGAAUGCUUCAACAGCAACAGCAUUGGCCCAGGUCUCCCCCGCAAGCAAUGCUUCCAGUAGCUUAGAAUGUAGGGAAAUGCUUGUAGCCUCUCCAAUACCUUCAUCUGUAGUAUCCUCUAGUCCAAUGCCUUCUAAUCAAUUGGUGGAUGAACAAUCCUCAUCCAAUAAACAUAUCGUUGACAAUGCUCAUUCUAAUAGAAGCAGUUCGGAAAAGGAUGUGAAAAACAAUACGGAUGCUUCGUUUCAUAUCAUUCCUAUCAAUGACAAUCCUUCAUUAUCCAAAGUUAUUUCAGCUAAUGUAUGGGUCCCUCCUAAAACAGUAGAAUCGAGUUUGGAUCGCAAUGCCGCAAUUUUUUCCAGUGCCAAUAAACCUGGCCCCGAGCAAUCAGUGGAAGUUCCAGUAACAGAUGUGAAAAUGGAUGCAAACUCAUCUUCACCUCUGCCAACCACUUCUAACGGCUUCUACUCACCAUCAAGUGGGUCACAAUGCUUGUAUUGUGAUGCAAGUUAUGAAAACUCCAUUGAAUAUCAGAUUCACAUGUAUGCAGAUCAUAUAACGGUAAAAGAUGAGACCUACUUCAAAUGUCCGAAAGGAGGGUGUGGAAAAGUGUAUCCUAGUAAGGAAUGCUUGCGUACGCACAUCGUCGCUCAUUAUAAGUCCAAUAAAUCACCUGACACUAGAGAGGACGAAAGUGUCUCAUCGUCUACAUCUAUAACAGCUGCAGGACGUGUUGAUGAAAAUGAUGCUCGAAACUCCCCUCUCUCAGAUACAACAGAUAGCGCUUGCCAAAGCCCGAUAAACGUUGAUUUGAGCAAAGGAGUGGUAUCAGAAACGCGUCCAACAGAAGAACUCCGGUUACCGUGCAGUUUGUGUCAAAAAGUGUUUCCCGAUGCCAACUCUUUACAAGAGCAUUGGUUUGCUCAUGUUCCGGUUCGACCUAACGUUUGUGAUGUUUGUGAUGCUGGCUUCACAACACAUGAACAGUUGUUAGUUCAUGCAGAGACUCAUGUCGAUGAAAAAUCGAAUCUAGCCAAACUUUAA